GAAUCAAAAAGGCAAUGGGAAGGUUUCUGCUAAGUGGAUUCCCAUUUUCUCCAUUUGUUUCUUCUUUGUUGGCAUGGUUUUCACCAACAAAUACUGGGGUCCGUUGGAAUCCAACAAUCAGCUUAUAACUCAGCAAAGACGGGACCAAGAGCUGCAGAUCGUCUCCGAGGAUUGCAGUACUAGGAAAAAGAAAGCAGGAGAUCGGGACAAUGAUGUAAUGAACGAGGUGUACAAAACCCAUGAGGCAAUCCAGUCAUUGGACAAGUCAAUUUCAAUGCUCCAGAUGGAAUUGUCUGCGUCUAGGAAUGCUCAGGAGCAGCAGAAAACUGAUGGGUCGUCGACAACUUCUGAGGCAGAUGGGGUUCCUCCAAGAAAGAAGGCAUUCAUGGUAAUAGGUAUAAAUACUGCUUUCAGCAGUAGAAAGAGGCGUGAUUCUGUCCGGGAGACCUGGAUGCCUCAAGGUGAACAGCUUCGGAAAUUGGAGAAAGAGAAGGGGAUUGUAGUGAGAUUUAUGAUUGGGCACAGUGCAACAUCAAACAGCAUAUUGGAUAGAGCUCUUGACUCAGAAGAAGCUCAACAUCAAGACUUUCUCAGGCUGGAGCAUGUUGAAGGAUAUCAUGAACUGUCUGCAAAAACAAAGAUUUUCUUUGCCACUGCCAUUGCAAAGUGGGAUGCUGAUUUUUACGUCAAGGUUGAUGACGAUGUUCAUGUUAAUUUAGGUACAUUAGCUGCAACUCUUGCCCGUCAUCGAUCAAAACCACGAGUCUACAUUGGUUGUAUGAAGUCUGGUCCAGUUCUUUCCCAAAAAAAUGUGAAGUACCAUGAACCAGAGUACUGGAAAUUUGGAGAAGAAGGAAAUAAAUAUUUCCGGCAUGCAACUGGACAGAUUUAUGCUAUUUCAAAGGAUUUAGCCACGUACAUCUCCAUUAACCAGCCCAUACUGCACAAGUAUGCCAAUGAAGAUGUGUCACUCGGUUCUUGGUUCAUCGGUCUUGAGGUUGAACACAUUGAUGAGCGCAAUAUGUGUUGUGGUACUCCACCAGACUGCGAAUGGAAGGCACAAGCAGGGAAUGUAUGCAUCGCCUCGUUUGACUGGAGCUGCAGUGGAAUCUGCAAAUCAGUAGAAAAGAUGAAAUUUGUACAUGACCAGUGUGGUGAAGGAGAAGAGGCUCUUUGGAAUGCCUUAUUGUAAAACUCCCUUACACGACAAAAAAGUUGAGCUAACAAAAACCGGGCUCUCCAUUUCCAGCUGGCAGACAGCAUGAGGCAGUUUGCGUGCAGCAGUUAACCCCAAUGAUGCCCCGGGCUAUCAAUGUUAUAGAGCCUCAGCAAUAUUUGGAGCGUGCGGGAGCUAUUAAUUCUUUCUGAUGGUUUUGUAUAAAGGUAUUCUGCGGGUUGUAGUAUCACGAGUGUUGGAUGCGUGCACGUAUACAUUGUGUAGCUAUUCGCGAUUUUGGAGCUAAAUAUUUGAUUUGACAGUAGAAGAAGACAGCUGAGCAAGCUAGUCAGUGUCAUUUUUGCAGUUGAAUAUCAUUUGAAAGCUUACAUCCAAUCAUUUAUGCUUUUGUUGUAUUGGAUGAGCAGUCCAUUGUUAGCUUGAGAACCUGCUUUCAGCGUUGGUUCCACUGUCAACUCUUUACUUGUAUUAGUCUAUAUGAGAGUGCAACUCAAUUAUUUCA